AUGGCUAUUGUGAUGCAGCAGCUGGCCCAAACGGGCAGUUACCCCAGCUCAUACCAGCACGGUUGCUCAGGUGGCUCUUGCCGUCAAUAUCAGGGAAGAUUGAAAGCCUGGAUGUCUGCGAGGAAAGACCAGACCAGACCGGACCAGACUCCUCUCGAUGACGAGCCGUCGUUUGCAUUGAGCACAUUCUCGAGGCUGCGUAAUCACACUGUCGUUGUGACAAAAAGUUAUCAGUUGUGGUAUCUUGAUAUCUGCUACGGAGGUAUCCAUUGGCCAAAAACCAGCUUUGCUCGAUUGAGUCUCGCAUGCAAUUUCCGUUUUGCGAUCAGUUCCCUUCGCCAGUCAUUUGUCGCUUGUGGCGGUAUGCGAACUCAUGUUGGUCUUUCAUUUUUGAAAAAACUUGACAGUUGCAGCUACCAUGCAAGUGUUUGCAGAACGACCACCACCUUGUCAAUCCUGGUCACCCUCGUCACUCCUGGUGGCUUUUGCUAG